CGCGCAGGCGCGCAUUAACCAGCGUCUGCGCCUGCGGACCCUGGGACCGAGUCGCUUCCCAUAAUGCCGCGUCCCGGAAGUUGCGGCUUUCUAAGGGGCACUGUAGAAUCGACUCUGUUGCUCUCUAUUCGUCACCGGGAGGAAGACGGAGCCGGCUGUGUAGCCGAAAGGCCCAUUAGGAGAUGCAGUUAUGGGCGCUGUCAUCGUGGAUUGUAUUUUGUGUCAGUAAGUAAUCCAUAAAGUGCCAGCAUGGGAAAGAAACGGACAAAGGGAAAAACUGUUCCAACUGAUGAUUCCUCUGAAUCUUCAGAACCUAUAUGUAUACACAUUAGAAAAGGAUUGGAACAAGGUAAUUUGAAAAAGGCUUUAGUGAAUGUGGAAUGGAAUAUUUGUCAAGACUGUAAGACGGACAACAAAGUGAAAGAUAAAUCUGAAGAAGAAGCAGAAGAAAAUCCUUCAGUUUGGCUAUGUCUUAAAUGUGGCCAUCAGGGCUGUGGCAGAAAUUCUCAGGAGCAGCAUGCUUUGAAGCACUAUAUGACACCAAGAUCAGAGCCGCACUGUCUGGUUCUCAGUUUGGACAACUGGAGCGUGUGGUGUUACCUCUGUGAUAAUGAAGUUCAGUAUUGUAGUUCAAACCGAUUGGGCCAAGUGGUUGAUUAUGUUAGAAAACAAGCUGGUAAUGUAACUCCCAAGCCAGCAGAGAAGGAUAAUGGGAACAUUGAACUUGAAAAUAAAAAAUUAGAAAAAGAGAGUAAAAAUGAACAAGAAAGAGAAAAGAAGGAAAACACGACUAAAGAAAAUCCUCCCAUGAAUUCUUCCCAAAUAACCGUGAAAGGACUCAGUAAUUUGGGAAAUACAUGUUUCUUCAACGCAGUUAUGCAGAAUUUGUCACAAACACCAGUGCUUAGAGAGCUACUGAAAGAAGUGAAAAUGUCUGGAACAAUUGUAAAAAGUGAACCACCUGAUUUGGCACUAACAGAACCCUUAGAAGUAAACCUUGAGCCCCCAGGUCCUCUUACCUUAGCCAUGAGCCAGUUUCUUAAUGAGAUGCAAGAGACCAAAAAGGGAAUUGUGACACCUAAAGAACUCUUUGCUCAGGUCUGUAAAAAAGCAGUGCGGUUUAAAGGCUACCAGCAGCAAGAUAGCCAGGAGCUACUUCGCUAUUUAUUGGAUGGGAUGAGAGCAGAAGAACACCAAAGAGUGAGUAAAGGAAUUCUUAAAGCAUUUGGUAAUUCUACUGAAAAAUUGGAUGAAGAACUAAAAAAUAAAGUUAAAGAUUAUGAAAAGAAAAAAUCAAUACCAAGUUUUGUGGACCGUAUCUUUGGUGGUGAACUGACUAGUACAAUCAUGUGUGAUGAAUGCAGGACUGUCUCCUUGGUUCAUGAAUCUUUCCUUGAUUUAUCUCUCCCAGUUUUAGAUGAUCAGAGUGGUAAGAAAAGUAUAAAUGAUAAAAAUCUGAAAAAGACAAUGAAGGAUGAAGAUAAAGACAGCGAGGAAGAAAAAGAUAAUGACAGUUACAUAAAAGAAAGAAAUGAUAUUCCUUCAGGAACAAGUAAGCACUUACAGAAAAAAGCAAAGAAGCAAGCCAAAAAGCAAGCCAAGAACCAACGAAGACAACAAAAAAUUCAAGGAAAAGUUCUUCAUUUAAGUGAUAUCUGUACCAUUGACCAUCCUGAAGAUAAUGAAUGUGAGGCUGAAAUGUCACUUCAGGAAGAAGCAGAAAUUAAAUCCAACCAUAUUUCACAAGAGGAAGUUACACAUAAAAAAUUUUGUGUUAAUCAGAAAGAUGUGAAUGGCCAAGAAAAAAUGAUAGAAAAUAUAAAUGACAAUCAAAAGUCCAUAGAGGAAAUAGACAUUAAAAAUGUCAACAUGGAUAAUGAUCUGGAGGAUUUGGCAUCAUCUCCCUCUGAAUGUACUAGGAAUUUAAAUGGUAGCUUUCUGAAAGAAAGUAAUGGAGAAGUGGACAUUUCCAGAUUUCAAAACCUUAACUUAAAUGCUGUUCUUCAACCUGAUGAAAUAGAUAUAGAGAUUCUGAAUGACAGUCAUACUCCUGGGACAAAGGUAUAUGAGGUUGUAAAUGAAGAUCCAGAAACAGCUUUCUGUACUCUUGCAAAUAGGGACACUUUCAGCACUGAUGAGUGUUCAGUUCAACAUUGUUUAUAUCAGUUCACCCGUAAUGAGAAACUUCGAGAUGCAAAUAAACUGCUUUGUGAAGUAUGCACACGGAGGCAGUAUAAUGGACCAAAGGCAAAUACAAAAGGUGAAAGGAAGCAUGUUUACACCAAUGCCAAAAAGCAGAUGCUAAUUUCCCUCGCUCCUCCUGUUCUCACUCUUCAUUUAAAGAGAUUUCAGCAGGCUGGUUUUAACCUACGCAUUAACAAACACAUUAAGUUUCCGGAAAUCUUAGAUUUGGCUCCUUUUUGUACCCUUAAAUGUAAGAAUGUUGCAGAAGAAAACACAAGAGUACUAUAUUCCUUAUACGGAGUUGUUGAACAUAGUGGUACCAUGAGGUCAGGACAUUACACUGCCUAUGCCAAGGCAAGAACUGCAAAUAGUCAUCUCUCUAAUCUCGUUCUUCACGGAGACAUCCCACAAGAUUUUGAAAUGGAAUCAACCAAAGGGCAGUGGUUUCACAUCAGCGAUACACAUGUGCAAGCUGUGCCUACAACUAAAGUUCUAAACUCACAAGCAUAUCUCUUAUUUUAUGAGAGAAUACUGUAACCAUAACAAAAUGUGCUUUCUCUGAAAACACAAUUGUGGCUUUUUUAAUGGCUAUAUUAGUAACAAUAAAAAAUUAAAGACUAUAAAUCAUGUUCACUUAAUACAAAGUACCUGACAAAGAAAUGUUUAUUUAAGUAUCAAAGGAAACACUUAAAAAUUCAGUGUUUUUUUUUUUUUUUUUUGUAUUGUCAUAGUGGUUUUUAUUCCUGCUUCAUUUCGGAAAAGAAAAUAUUAAUUAUUUAAGUCCGCUGUGCUUAAUGUUUGGGUGGUGGAUCAUGACACAUCAAUAAAAACUGACUUACCCCCAAAACUUGUUUUAUUACUUAGAUUAAGUUGCAUUGACUGCACUAGAUAACAUUUAAAAAAAUAGUUUAAGACUGGCUAAUGAAAUUGUAUUACACUGUGUUAAUUUUAUGAGCAGAGACAUUUGGCAUAAUUUCACAAGCACAGAUGUAUAUGGCUGCAGUCGUAUACAGUUGGGAGAAGUGUAAUUCUUUCAGUGCCACUGAGUGUACAUAAGCUGUUAUUUGCUGUUACCAAAGGUAAACACUUAGGACAAACUGAGCCAGUCUCCUGCCUAGGAUUGUAAUUUGGGGUACCAAGU